AUGCCCUCGGACUCCCACGCCCGCAUGCACGGCCUGCACGGCAAAAAACUCCUCUACUUCCUCAGCAUCUUCGUCUCCCUCGGCGUCUUCCUCUUCGGCUACGACCAAGGCGUCAUGUCCGGCGUCAUCACCGGCCCGUAUUUCAAAGACUACUUCCACCAGCCCAGUCGGGCGGAGAUAGGGACUAUGGUCGCUAUCUUGGAGGUCGGAGCUUUCAUUUCUUCCAUCACGGUGGGCAGGAUCGGGGAUGUGAUUGGGAGGCGGAAGACGAUUUUGUACGGGGCGAUAAUUUUCGUCAUUGGGGGUGCGUGUCAGAGUUUUGCUACCGGGAUGCCGAUGAUGUUGUUGGGGAGGAUCGUGGCUGGACUUGGGGUCGGGGCGUUGUCGACGAUCGUGCCGGUGUAUCAGAGCGAGAUUUCGCCGCCGCAUAACCGGGGCAAGUUGGCGUGUAUUGAGUUCUCGGGGAAUAUUUUCGGGUACAUGAGUUCGGUGUGGGUGGAUUAUUUCUGCAGUUAUAUCGAGAGCGAUUGGGCGUGGCGCAUCCCGUUGCUCAUGCAGGUGUUCAUCGGGACGUUGUUGGCCGUGGGCUCGUUUUUGAUCGUGGAGAGUCCGCGCUGGUUGCUGGAUAAUGAUCAUGAUGAGGAGGGGAUCGUGGUGAUUGCGAAUUUGUACGGGAAGGGGGAUAUUCAUAAUCCCAAGGCGAGGGAUGAGUAUCGGGAGAUUAAGAUGAAUGUUCUGCUGCAGCGGCAGGAGGGGGAGAGGUCUUAUGUCGAUAUGUUCAGGCGGUACUAUAAGCGGGUGUUUAUUGCCAUGUCGGCUCAGUCGCUGGCGCAGCUGAACGGGAUCAAUGUGAUAUCCUACUAUGCUCCUCUGGUGUUUGAGCAAGCCGGCUGGACUGGAAGAGAUGCGAUUCUCAUGACUGGCAUCAACGGGAUUACUUACCUCGCUUCAACUGUACCGCCAUGGUAUCUCGUGGACAGACUGGGACGACGCUUUAUCCUGCUUUCCGGCGCCGUGGCUAUGGUCAUUUCACUUUCGGCUAUCGCUUACUUCAUCAAUAUCAAUAUCGCUGCGACACCUACAUUGGUCGUUGUCUUCGUGAUUAUCUACAAUGCAGCAUUCGGGUACUCAUGGGGUCCGAUUCCUUGGCUGUACCCUCCGGAGAUCUUGCCUUUGAGUAUCCGAGCAAAGGGUGCGAGUUUGUCGACGGCGGCGAAUUGGGCGUUCAAUUGGCUGGUGGGUGAGAUGACCCCGAUAUUGCAGGGCUUGAUUGGGUGGAGGUUGUACUUACUUCAUGCUUUCUUUUGCGCUGUGAGUUUCGUUGUCGUCUACUUCAUCUACCCCGAGACAGCCAACGUUCGCCUCGAAGACAUGAACUCCCUCUUCGGCGACGCCACAACCAUCGCACCCACCCCGGAGACACUGGCGGAAGUCGAAUCCCUGUUCUCCGGCCACCGCUCACCUGUCCCGUCUUUCCGUCUCGGAGAUGGAGAUGAGCCGGCUGUACCGGAUGAUAUGGAUGCGUUAGAAGUCCAGCCUCCGAAUGUGGAGAUCCAGGAUGGGAAGCCCUUGAUCAAUGGCAAAGAUGCCAAUGGUGGGGAAGGGGAGGGCGUGGCGGGGUGGAUCAGUAAUAUGGUUAAGAGGACGAAGGGGGAGGAGGGGGCGAAUGGGAGUGGGAAGUAUAAGCGGGUUGGGCAGGAUGAGGAGUAG